AUGAAGACCUGGAUCCUCCUUGUUGGGGCAGGAAUAGCCCUGGGCUGCGUGUCUGGCAACCUGUACACGGCCCCCGACUCCUGCGAGGGACGCUGCGAGGAGCCCUACAGCGAGGAGGACGAGUGCCACUGCAACGCCGAGUGUGAGAGGUACCGCAACUGCUGCGAGGAUUACUACAGGCACUGCCGACCCGGUGGAGAAUGGGCCGAGGAGGCAGCUCACACCCGCGAGGGUUUCUCCAGGAGCUGGGAUGCCAUCACCGACGAGGACCUCCUGCACGUCUCAGAGCAGCUUUACAGGGCGGAUUACAACAAAGCCCGGCCAACCGACAUCGCCAUUAACCCCCAGUACCAGGCUUCCCCCGACGAGACGGGUGACCAGGAGGACCGCUCCCCGCAGCCGCUCUACAAAUACGUCAACGAGGAGCUCUUCUCCAAACCCACCUACGCAAGCUUCAUUAAACUGCUGGACAACUACCAGAGGGCGACUGGCAGGGAGGAGGACGUGACGGCGGAGGAGCUGAGGGAGCAGGACAACUUCCUCAAGGAGGUGAUGAAAACCGAGCUCAUGAAGAAACUCUUUGUCUUCCUCCACAAAAAAAACCGCUAUGGCUCUGAGCAGGAGUUUGUCACCGAUUUGAAGGAGAUGUGGUUUGGCCUCUACUCCAGAGGGAAUGGCGAGCAGGACUCCAGCGGCUUCGAGCACAUCUUCUCAGGGGAGGUGAAAAAAGGGAAGGUGUCUGGAUUUCACAACUGGAUUCGCUUCUACCUCCUUGAAAAGCAGGGCAUCGUCAACUACUUCAGCCACAACUUCGAUGGGCCGUGGGACACCUACCCCGACGUGCUGGGGCUGCAGUUCAGCUGGGACGGCUUUUACAAGGAGGUGGGCUCUGCCUUCAUCGGCUGCAGCCCGGAGUUCGAGUUCGGGCUGUACACCUUGUGCUUCAUCGCGCGUCCCGGGAGGGCAUGUCACCUGAGCCUGGGUGGCUACAGCCUCAGCAUCCAGACCUACGCCUGGACCAAGUCCACCUACGGCAACGGCAAGAAGUACAUCGCCACUGCCUACGUGAUCUCACCCUGA